GUGAGGCAGAGCCGAGAGGGAAGGAGAGACAAGUUCUCUUGAGCUUACGUCUGGCCACACACAGCACUCUGAGCCGAGAGGGAACCUUGACAGGGCAUGGAAGCAGAUCUGAAGCGCAUAGGAGGAUGGUGUCUAGUGUUGCUGGCAGCAAUGCUCUUACAUGCAGGUGUGUCCCAUUGCAUGGUGGUGACGUCCACAGGGCCUCAGACCAUCAAGAAAGCUCAGGGGGAGAGUGUGAGUCUGGGGUGCACCUACAGCCCAAGCCCCUCUGACACCGGAGCGCUGGACAUCGAGUGGUCCAUCAUCAGCCCUGACAUGACCCAGAAGGACAAGCUGAUCCUCUCCUACUCCGGCGGGCAGGAGUAUCGCCUGGGCGACCCCGCCCUGAUGAAGCGGCUGCGCUUUGUGGGGGUCCCCGGGAACGGCGACGCCACCAUCGAGAUCACGUCCCUACUGGUUUCCGACACAGCCACCUACCAGUGCAAGGUCAAGAAGACGCCGGGGGUCGACUCUCGAAAGGUCACAGUGGUGGUGCUUGUGCGUCCCUCUGUGCCCACGUGCUGGGUGGAGGGCGGUGAAGAGAAGGGGGCCUCCGUGUCGCUGCGCUGCAAGUCAGCCAGCGGCUCCACACCCCUCACCUACACCUGGAGAAGAGAAGAGGGAGGCAGCCUACCUCCCACAGCCAGCAUCAACACCCAGACUGGGGAACUCCUCAUCAGGAACCACUCAGAGAGCUACAUUGGCCGCUACGCGUGCCAGGUGAAGAACGAAGUGGGAACCGAGCAGUGCACAUACACCCUACGGGCCUACAACCCUGUGAAUAAAGCCGGGGUGAUUGCUGGAGCUGUGAUUGGUGCUCUGCUGCUCUUGCUCCUCCUCCUGCUUCUCAUCUGGCUCCUGAUUUGUUGCUGCAACAAGCGACGCUAUGAGAAAGAGGUGGCUAAUGAGAUCAGGGAGGACGUCACCGCCCCAGAAAGCCGACCGGCCAGUCGUGUGUCGAGCAUGCGCUCCAUCAUGGGCUACCACACCCACUCUGGCAUCAUGUACAGCUCCGUGAGCCCCAGCUCAAAUACGACAGUCGCUACGGAUACCCAGUCUAACCACCAGCAUGUACAAGCCCCAGCUCAAAUACAACAGUCGCUACGGAUACCCAGUCUAACCACCAGCAUGUACAAGCCCCAGCUCAAAUACGACAGUCGCUACGGAUACCCAGUCUAACCACCAGCAUGUACAAGCCCCAGCUCAAAUACGACAGUCGAUACGGAUACCCAGUCUAACCACCAGCAUGUACAAGCCCCAGCUCAAAUACAACAGUCGCUACGGAUACCCAGUCUAACCACCAGCAUGUACAAGCCCCAGCUCAAAUACAACAGUCGCUACGGAUACCCAGUCUAACCACCAGCAUGUACAAGCCCCAGCUCAAAUACGACAGUCGCUACGGAUACCCAGUCUAACCAACGUAUAAGGCAUCUACAACCCCCCAUUCAAAUACGACAUUGGUACGAACAAUCUGCUAACUCAGGCUGAGCUGUGAGUGGCUCGGCUCUAUCAUGGUAUCUGGUUCGGCUCUCAAGCCCAUCUCAACUCCAAAGGAAGCUCCCUGAGUACUGUACUGUAUGUUAUUAUAUUUUACUCUGAAGUUUUAAAAUGCAUCUUACUUUUGCACAAGGUUUUUACAUAACUUGAUGUUUAUAACUUGCACUUUGAAAGUGAAUUGUCUUUCAUGUAUAUUUUCUACACAAUAAACUUCUUGUUCUUUUGUAGUAAUUCA